AUGUGCUACAUGCUCUGGAUCAGCAGCUUCUCAAUCGUUCAACUUGCAAAUAAUCAAAUUAUCUUGACGGAACAACCUGCAAACAUUGUCCUGCAUAAUGCCAGUCCACUUGUUAAUUCUUAAAUGGCUCUGUAAAAUGUGACGCUUGUGCUUCUGGCUACUUUGGUGAUGCUUGUGACUAAUGUUCUACGACCUGUAAGACUUGGCAUUGAUACCUCUACAAAAUGUACUUCAUGCAUUAUCGGAUAUUACUUAAAUGGCUAAACUUGUAGUCAAUGUGACCUGCAUUGUGUUACUUGUGCUGAUACAACUGGAUACUGUUUGAGCUGCGAUAGUCAAUACGUGGUAAAUGAAUUCAACAAAUGUGCAACUUGCUCAAAUUGUACUUGUGAAACAGGUUAAUAUUAUGAUAGUACAGAAUUAAAAUGUAAAUCAUGUGAUACUACAUGUACCAAAUGUUCAGGAAUUAAAUCUAAUUGUUAGGCUUGCACUGCUGGGUUUUAUUUAGAUUCCUCAACUUGUAAGAAUUGCAUUGCUCCGUGUAACUUAUGUACUGCUAGUGAUAUUUGUACAAAUUGCAACAGUGGAUACUAUCUAAAUAAUUAUAUUUGUUAACCUUGUCAAUCCCCUUGUAUCAAUUGUUUGAUAGCUGGAAAUACAAAUUGCUCCUUGUGUUAGACAGGAUAUUAUUUGGAUGGAUAAAUUUGUAAAUUAUGUGAUUCUGCUUGCAAAAAGUGUUCAAAUUCUUCUAACAACUGUUCCGAAUGUUAAAUCGGAUAUUAUUUAAAUGGAUCAAAUUGUUCAUAAUGUUCGAAUAGAUGUAAUGCUUGCACUUUAGGAACUCAGUGUACUUCAUGUGACACUGGAUAUGAAAUAGUCGCUGGUUAAUGUGUUGCAUGUGGAAAUAAUCAAUACUACUUGAACCUCAAAUGUUAAUCAUGCUAAAGUCCUUGUUAUUCUUGUGAAUAAACAUCUUCACAAUGUACUAGUUGCAUAGAUGGUUAUUAUUUAUCAGGAUAAUAAUGCCUACUUUGUAUUUAACCUUGCAUUAAUUGUAUUUCAUAAACCGAUUGCUCAUCUUGCAUCUCAGGAAAAUAUUUAAGUAAUAAGACUUGUGUAACUUGUGAAUAACCUUGUACUUCGUGUACUUCUUCAGGCACUACUAGUUGCUAAUCAUGUUAACCAGGCUAUUACUUAGAAAAUAGUCUAUGCAUUUUAUGCAGUACAACAUUAAAUUCUUGUUUGGUUUGUAGUAGUAAGAUUGCUUGCAACACUUGUGAUUCUACUCAUUAUUUGAAUAAUGGAUAGUGCUUAUAAUGUUCAACUAGUUGUAAAUCAUGUUCUGAUUAAUCUACUUGUACUAGUUGCAUAGAUACUAAAUAUUUAGAAUCUAAUACUUGUAAAUCAUGUCAAUCUCCUUGUCUAAAUUGUAUAACAAGUUCAACUAACUGCCUAAGCUGUGUAGAUUCAUACUAUCUUAACUCAAAUUCUUGCAUAAAAUGUACAUCUCCAUGCUAAAAUUGUUCAAAUGAUUCCACUUGCCUUAGUUGCGUUCCAGGAUACUAUUUCUCUAAUGGCUUAUGUUCAAAAUGUGAUAAUGCAUGUCAAUUAUGUUCUGGCUCAGCAACUUCAUGUUCCUCAUGUUAAAGUGGAUAUUACCUAUCUGGAACAAGCUGCAUUAGUUGCGUAUCUCCUUGUUCAACUUGUUCAACUUAAUCAUCUUGCAAUAGCUGUGUGAACACAUCGUAUUACUAUGCUAAUAAUUCUUGUAUCGCUUGCAUAGCACCAUGUUUAACAUGCAGUGGGCAAACCUCUUGCUUGAGCUGCACAAAUGGAUACUACUAAGAUUAAACUAGUUGCUUGUAAUGUGUUAGUCCAUGUUAAAAUUGCUCAUCAGCAUAGGUCUGUAGUACUUGCAUUGAUACAUACUAUCUUAAUGGUACAGUUUGCACAAAAUGUCCAAUAAAAUGCAAGGAUACAUGCAAUUUUGCAAAUAGCUAGGUUUAAUGUGGAAGCUGCGCAGAUGGAUUUUACAUCAGCAAUUCAGAUUGUGUUUAAUGUUCAAGUAGUUGCAAAACUUGCUAAAAUGCAGAUACUUAGUGUACUACCUGCUUAAAAGGUAAAUAUCUAUCCAACUCAUAAUGUCUAACAUGUUCGACAAACUGCAUGGAAUGUGAAGCAAAUACUGGAAACUGUACAUUAUGUUCAAAUGGCUACUCUAUUAAUGCAUUUUAUCAAUGUGCUUAAUGUACAACUUGUAACUGUCCAGAUGGAUAAUACUAUGAUUAAGGUUAAAAUAAAUGCUUUGCUUGCGAUGCUAAAUGUGGAUCAUGUUUUGGAGGAUUGAUUUCUUAAUGUACCAAAUGCAUAAAUGGAUACUAUAUACAAGAUAGUACUUGUACAUUAUGUUAGGCACCAUGCAUAAAUUGUACUUCUGCUAUUAAUUGUUUAUCUUGUAUUAGUACAACUUACUUGAGUGGAACUUCAUGUUUAACUUGCUAAUCCCCUUGUGUCAAAUGUUAAAAUGCAGGCAAUACAAAUUGCUAAGAAUGUAUUACUGGAUAUUAUUUGAAUGGAACUGUGUGUGCUUAAUGUGAUGCAAAAUGUAAAACUUGUACAACAUCAACUACUUGUUAAUCCUGCGCUGAUGGAUAUUAUCUAAGUGGAUCUACAUGUGUUUAAUGUCCAACUGGAUGUACCUCUUGUACAAAUGAUUCUACAUGUACAAGUUGCAGUUCCAACUAUUAUUUGGAUGGAAUAUGCAAAUAAUGUAGUGUUGGUUAGUUUAUUUCUAAUAAUUCUUGCGCUCAAUGUUAAUCACCAUGUGUUUCAUGUGUGACAAAUGCUUCUAAUUGUUUGAGUUGCAUAGAUUAUUACUAUAAACCGACCAAUUUGAAUACAUGUUAAUAAUGUGUUUCACCUUGUAAAUUGUGUAGUUCAGAUGUUGCUUGUUUAUCAUGCUAGAAUGGAUAUUAUUACACAAGCUCAAAUAACUCUUGUACUACAUGUUCGUCUCCUUGCUUAACUUGUUUAACUGCAGGAAACACAAACUGUUAAUCCUGUAUGGCUGGAUUUUACUUAGAUGGAUUAAUCUGUAAAGAUUGUACUUAAGUAUCAUAUUGCUUGGAGUGUUCUAGCUCAUCAAUUUGUACAAAAUGUGAUAGUACUCAUUAUAUUAGUAAUGGUUAAUGUUUGACUUGUCAACCCAGAUGCAAUACUUGUAAUAAUUCAACCACUUGUAAUAGUUGUUUAAGUGGUAAAUAUUUGAAUAGCUCUAAUACUUGUUCAACUUGCUAAUCUCCUUGCUUAACUUGCUCUGGAACGGAUGGUUUAACAUGUAGUUCUUGUGAAACCAAAUACUAUCUUAAUGUAUCAUCUUGCACAUCAUCUGCUGCUAGUUGUAGUUCAUGUGUUGAUGGAACAUAUCUAAAUGGUUAAGAAUGUCUAAGUUGUAAUUUUGCUUGUACAAAAUGCUCAGGAUUUGCUUCCACAUGCUCUUCAUGUGCUUCUGGAUAUUAUUUAAAUGGAACAUCGUGCUUAGGUUGUACAUCUCCAUGUGGAUCUUGUGUUGAUACUUCAACUAAAUGUUUAAGUUGUAAUACGUUAACAAAAUACUUGGACAACAAUCUUUGUUAAAACUGUGUUUCCCCAUGUUAAACAUGUUCAAGUGCAUCUUAUUGUUUAACUUGUAUUUCCACCUAUUAUCUGACUGCUUAAAACACUUGUACUUAAUGUGUGUCACCUUGUGUUACUUGUUCAACUUAAACAUCAUGUUUAUCUUGUUUAGAUGGUUAUUACUUAUCAGGCACUUAAUGCUUAAUUUGCGACAGCAAUUGUAAAACUUGUUGGAAUAGAGCAGAUUAUUGUAUGACUUGCACUUCAAGGUAAUAUUUAACAGCUGAUAAUAAAUGUGCUGCUUGUACAUCACCUUGCUCAUCUUGUGUUAAUUCAGCAACUUCUUGCACUUCUUGUUUAGAUUUAUACUAUUAUGAAGCCAAUAGUUGCAAGAGGUGUAUUUCACCUUGCUGGACUUGUGAUUCUGCAACUGUGUGUAAAUUAUGUUUGUCUGGUAAAUAUUAUGACCAAACUCAAAAAAAUUGUCUGGAUUGUGAUAAAACUUCAUGUAUCACUUGUACAGGAACAGCAACAACAUGUUUGAGUUGUGCUUCUGGUAGAUAUUUGGAAAAUAAUACUUGUAAGACAUGCGAUCCAAAAUGUGUCACUUGUACAAGUUUGACAACUUGUUAAUCAUGCUCAGUAGGUUACUAUUAUAAUGGGUCAGAAUGUCUAGCAUGCACACUUCCUUGUAUUGAAUGUAACUCAGGAUCGAUAUGUACAAAAUGUUAAAAUGAUCUUUACAAACUAAGUCUAAGCCAAUGUAUUAGUUGCUCAUUACCUUGUAAAACUUGUGAUUAAGAUGUUUGCAAAUCUUGUGUUAAUAAAUACUAUUUUGAUUCAGCUGAAGUUGAUACCACUAAGAAAUGUAAAUUAUGUGUUAGUCCUUGUGAUUAAUGCACAGAUAUGGCUAGUUGUACAACUUGUGUUUCUGGUUAUUACUUAGAUGGAACGUCUUGCAUCAAAUGUACUAAUAAUUGCAAUACUUGCGAGACUGCAACAAAAUGCUUUACCUGUGUUAGUAAUUCUUAUUAUUUAACCACUUCAAAUACUUGCUUAUCAUGUAGUAAUAUGGAUGCAGCAUGUAUGACUUGCAGCAAUUUGAACAAAUGCUUAACUUGCAAAGAUGGAUUCUUUAUUUAUAAUUUAACCUAAAAUGGUGUUACUACUAGUACUUGUUAACCUUGUUCAGUAAAAUGUGCAAGUUGUUCUUAGUCCUUAUCAUAAUGUUCAAAAUGUGCUGGUAAUAGAUAAGGAACUCCACAAUGUACAACUUGCCCAUAUGGAUAUUUUGAUAGUGGCUUAUUGAAUUGUGAAUAGUGCAAUACUAAAUAUUGCAUAACUUGUACUUAAUCAGCUAAAAAUUGUUCUGUUUGUGCAAAUUAAAGAAUCCAACCUCCAACUUGCUAUUGUCGACCUGGUACUUAUACUUCUGGAGAUGAUUGUAUCUCAUGUAUGGCAAAUUGUUCUUCUUGUACAACCUCAAACCAAUGUACCUUAUGUAAUACUGGAUACUACUACAAAUAGAAUUGGGAUGGAUUAGGAAAUAAUAUAUGUACAAAUACUUGUGGGGAUUCCUUUUUCUAGGAUGUCAAUAAUUAAUAAUGUAUCAAGUGUCCAAUUUCAAAUUGUAAAGUUUGUACUUCAACUACUGAUACUGGAUGCAUAUCUUGUCUCCCUUCAAUAGCAUAAACUGUUAGCGAUUCUAUGAAUAAUGUAUGUACAUCAACUACUUGCAGUUUGUAUUUGUAGUAACAGAGAUAGUGUUUGAUUCAAUGUUUGCCUGGUUAUUAUAAGAAUUUAGAUUUCACAUGUACUAUUUGCGAUAACGCAUGCAAACAAUGUUUGGAUACUGCAACAGCAUGUACAGAAUGUUACCCAAAUAUGUAUUUGUAAUAUACAGCUGGUUAAUAAGUGAAAGGAUAAUGCAUACCUGAAUGUCAGACUACAUUUUACUAAAAGGCUUCAUAAACCCCUACUGUUUCAGGUGGUAUUUGUAAUAGUUGUCACUCAACUAUGUAAUGGAUUGCACUAGAUGACUAAGAAACUUCUUGCAUUUCCUGUUAAGCUGGAAGAUAUUUACUUAACAAAAAAUGCUUAACAAGUUGUGGGGAAAAUGUAGGCUAUGUAGCUAAUUCAGAUACAAAUAAAUGUGAUCAAUGUGCAUAAAAUUGUACUUCAUGUACAUCAAUUUCAGCAUAGAGAUGCACAAAAUGUUCUCCUAAUUACUUCUUCUUCUAAAACUAAUGUCUUACUCAAUGUUCAACUGGUUAUUAUGGAGAUGCCAACAAGGUAUGUUAGGCAUGCAAUUCAUCUUGUUUAACAUGUGAUGGUCCUUUAGAAAAUAAUUGUUUAUCAUGUGGAGCAUCUAUUUUCUAUUUGGUUUAAGAAAAAAGAUGUACAACAUUGUGCCCUGAUAGAUUUUAUGGAAAAACAGAUACUUUUAGAUUGGCGAUAGUUGUAUUAAUGGUUGUCUGA